AAUUUGUAGAGUAUAAAAGGUCACCAGUUUUUAGGCACCAAGUUACAACAAUGGCUGUCUUGAGGGUUCUCCUGGUUCUGCUGUGGCUUGGUGUGGCGACAAGCUCAAAAGUCGAUCUGCAAAAGAGACUCAUCGGGGGUCGACCAUGCAGACAGGAUGAGCGCCGGUAUCAUGUUCUCUUGGUGAUCAAAGAUAGUAAUAGCGAACGUUUUUGUGGAGGCUCUCUACUGCGUAACGGCUGGAUCCUGACUGCAGCUCACUGCUGGAAAAGUGGACUGACCAUUGAUGCAUAUUUAGGAUGGCACUUAGGUAACAAUGUACCAAUACGCAUACCGCUGGGUAUCUUUAAAAAACCUAAAAUAUAUGAAGACGGACCCUUGUUCAAAAAACAGCAGCAUGACUUGAUGCUGUUGAAGCUGCCUGACAGGGCAACUAUUCCACAUGGAGUGACAACUGUUGAACUUCCUGACUGCUCAGACCAGCCUCUCAUAGGCAAUUCGGUGCAGAUUGCAGGUCAAGCUUCAACUUCUGGAAGCUUUUUUACAACCAGACAACCUGGCUUUACACCAGUUCUUCAGUGUGCUAAUAUUAAUAAGGUUAGCUGUACUCGGCUCAGACAACAAGAGGUAGCCAAGAACUCGUGGUACAGUCACCAAUAUUGGUUCUGUGGCCAAACUCCGGGAGUGGAUCUGUGCUUUGGCGACUCCGGUGGAGGAGUCGAGUACAAAGGCAGACUCUAUGGUGUCAAUGCUUUCACCGGAGAUCCUGAUCAUCCAUGCAGGAAACCAGUAGCAUUCAUGGACCUCUGCCAUCAAGACUAUCUGAGCUGGAUUGAAAAAACUAUUGGAUCACCUCCCAGCUCAGGAUAGGAUGUCUAAGUUGUUCACUUUGUCAUUGUACACGUGAAUAUUGAACCUUAAUCUGGUAAAAAAUAAAAAUGAAUCAGCAUCAGAA